CUGACAAUAUGGCUGACGAAGUAUCAAUGCCGUCACUGUUCCAAUUUGCCAUUGAUCGUGGGGGCACAUUCACUGACGUCUGGGCCCGAUGCCCGAAUAAUGAGAUUCGGGUGUUGAAGCUGCUGUCGGAGGACCCCGCCAAUUACGAUGACGCACCAAGGGAAGGCAUCAGGCGCAUCCUAGAAGAGUAUACAGGAAAGCCAUGUCCUGCAGCCGACCCAAUAGACACGUCUCUGAUAGACUGGAUACGGAUGGGGACAACAGUAGCGACCAACGCCCUGCUGGAGAGGAAGGGGGAGAGGAUGGCACUCGUCAUCACCAAGGGCUUCAGGGAUCUGCUCCAUAUCGGCAACCAGUCACGGCCACACAUAUUUGAUCUGAAAAUCGUGAUGCCAGACAAGCUGUACGAGGAGGUGGUGGAGGUGGAGGAGAGGCUGGUCCUGCAGCAGGACGUGUGUCAACUGGACAGGUCAUAUCACAAGGUCACCGGGACCACAGGCGAGGAGCUGGAGAUCUGGGAGGAGGUGAAUGUGGGUAAACUUAAAGCUGAUCUCCAGGAACUGCUAACCAAGGGCAUCAAGAGUCUCGCCGUCGUGUUCAUGCACUCCUACACCUGUGACCUCCAUGAGAGGCAGGUCGGGCAACUGGCCAGGGAGAUGGGUUUCACCCACGUGUCUCUGUCCUCGGACGUCAUGCCGAUGGUGAGGAUGGUCCCCCGUGGAUUUACUGCAUGUGCCGAUGCCUACCUCACACCCUGCAUCAUGAGAUAUGUCGCCGGCUUCUCGUCAGGCUUCACUGGAGGUUGCAAGAACACCAAAGUGCUUUUCAUGCAGUCUGAAGGAGGUUUAACACCAGUUCAAAAGUUCAACGGGUCACGGGCCAUCCUGUCGGGUCCAGCAGGUGGAGUGGUAGGUUACGCCCUCACCUCCUACAGUGCCAAUACAGGCAGGGCUGUCAUCGGAUUUGAUAUGGGAGGAACAUCAACAGAUGUGAGUCGCUAUGCGGGUCAGUUCGAACACGUGUUUGAAACCACCACAGCAGGCGUCACCAUCCAGGCUCCUCAACUGGACAUCAACACGGUGGCAGCAGGUGGAGGCUCCAUGCUGUUUUUCCGGUCAGGGAUGUUUGUGGUAGGACCAGAGUCUGCUGGGGCACAUCCCGGGCCUGUGUGCUACAAGAAAGGAGGUCCUCUGACUAUCACCGAUGCCAACUUGUGUCUAGGCCGGAUCCUACCGGAGUUUUUCCCAAGUAUUUUCGGCGAGAAAGAAGAUCAACCACUCGACAAACAGGCCACUUUACAAGCCUUCACCAAGCUGACAAAGGAGGUGAAUGACUUCCUGACUUCCCAACCAGGCGAUGCCAAAAAGAAGCCAAUGACAGCAGAGGAAGUUGCUAUGGGAUUUAUUCGCGUUGCUAAUGAAGCCAUGUGUCGACCAAUCAGAGCACUUACAGAGGCUAAAGGUCAUGACACAUCACGCCACCUACUGGCAUGUUUUGGAGGAGCUGGAGGUCAACAUGCAUGUGCCAUUGCAAGGUCACUGGGGAUGAGCCGAGUGUUUAUACACAAGUACGCCAGCAUCCUGUCUGCCUAUGGAAUGGCCCUAGCAGAUGUUGUACACGAAGCUCAGGAACCCUGUGCCAAGACGUACGAGACAGCAUCAUUCGCCUACAUCGAUGGCCGGAUUAAAGCCCUGUCAGAUGAAUGUAGAGAGGAGCUGAAGAGUCAAGGCUUCAAGAGCCAUCAGAUUGAGACCCAGCCCUUCCUGCAUCUCCGCUACCAGAAGACCGACUGUGCCCUGAUGUGUUCAGCGGAGGCCUACCCUGCCACACCCCAGACCAGCAGCUACGGGGACUUCAGGGCAGCCUUCCUUAAUAGGUACAACACAGAGUUUGGGUUCACACUGAAGGAUCGUGCUGUUGUGAUCGAUGACAUCCGUGUUCGAGGGAUCGGCAGGUCACAUGCUGCGUCAGACGUCGCCGUCAAGGAAGCUGCUGGUGAUGCCAAGUCUAGAAGGAUGACCAGCUGUUUCUUUGAAGACGGUUUCCAUGACACCUCCGUGUACCACAUGGAUGACAUCACCGCUGGUCAUGUGAUCAAGGGACCGGCAAUUAUCACAGAUGUCAACAGCACUGUGCUGAUUGAGCCCACCUGCACCGCCUCCAUCACUGGGCAGGGGGACAUUGAGAUAGUGAUAGGAGAAGGACUUCACAAGUCUGUGGGGACAGAGCUGGAUGCGAUACAACUGUCCAUCUUCUCACACAGGUUCAUGAGCAUCGCUGAGCAAAUGGGCAGAGUUCUGCAGAGGACAUCCAUCUCAACCAACAUUAAGGAAAGACUGGAUUUCUCCUGCGCUAUGUUUGGUCCUGAUGGUGGACUGGUGGCUAAUGCACCUCACAUCCCUGUACACCUGGGCGCCAUGCAGGAGACUGUACAGUACCAGAUGAGACAGCUGGGUGACAACUUCCGGAAGGGAGACGUGAUCCUGAGCAACCACCCAUCAGCUGGAGGCAGCCAUCUUCCGGACCUCACCGUCAUCACACCCGUAUUUUACGAAGGAGAAGCGAGACCAGUGUUCUUUGUAGCAAGUCGAGGUCACCAUGCUGACAUAGGGGGGAUAACUCCAGGCUCCAUGCCAGCUAACUCCACAUCUAUAGAGGAGGAGGGUGCAGUUUUCAUGUCUUUCAAAGUGGUGGAGGAGGGAGUUUUCAUGGAGAAAGCUCUGAUUGAGAAGUUUAUGGACCCUGGGAAGAUCCCUGGUAGUAGUGGCUCUCGCAACCUCGCCGACAACCUCAGUGACCUGCGCGCCCAGAUUGCAGCCAAUCAGAGGGGCAUCAAGCUGAUAUCGGAGCUGAUAGAUGAGUAUGGACUGGAGGUGGUUCAGGCCUAUAUGGCACAUAUACAGAACAAUGCAGAGGUUGCGGUGGGUGACAUGCUACGGGAGAUUGCACGGGACACGAAGGUGCGGACCGGCACCACAAAGCUUCACGCGUGUGACUACAUGGAUGAUGGCAGCAAGAUAGCCCUGACAGUGGACAUUGAUGAACAGGAGGGCACAGCUGUGUUUGACUUCUCCGGCACGGGUUGUGAGGUGCAUGGGAACUGCAAUGCUCCAAGGGCGGUAACUCUGUCAGGACUUAUCUACUGUCUACGCUGUAUGGUGGGACAUAACGUGCCCUUGAAUCAGGGUUGCCUGAAACCUGUGCACGCCAUCAUUCCUAAGGGCAGCAUCCUGGACCCAUCCGAGCAUGCUGCAGUUGUCGGGGGCAACGUCCUCACUUCACAGAGAAUUGUAGACGUGGUGCUGAGAGCCUUCAGUGUUUGUGCAGCCUCCCAGGGCUGCAUGAACAACAUUACAUUCGGAGACUCCAACGUCGGCUACUACGAGACCGUAGCAGGGGGAGCGGGGGCGGGCCCGACAUGGGAUGGUCACAGCGGUAUUCACAGCCAUAUGACAAACACCCGAAUCACAGACCCAGAAAUUGUAGAGAGGAGAUACCCCAUCGUUGUCCGCUGCUUCCAUCUGAACCGUGGCACGGGCGGUAGGGGGCGCCACACGGGAGGGGAUGGGGUGGUGCGAGAAUUCCUGUUCCGCAAGGACUUGACACUUUCUGUGUUGACUGAGAGGAGGGUGUUCAGGCCUUACGGCUUGUGUGGUGGGGAUGAUGGAAGAACUGGUUUGAACCUGCUGUUCUAUGCUGAUGGUCGGGUGGUAAGCCUAGGAGGCAAGAACUCUGCCAAUGUCGGCCCUGGGGACGUGUUUCACCUGGAGACACCAGGAGGAGGAGGCUAUGGCACACCUGGUACUGACUCUGCAAGUGAUGGAUCCCGGACGGAGGGGACCACAACAACACAAGGCCCUCCCAGUCAGAAGGCCGUCCUCAAGGGCAGUGUCCACGAGUACAGGAUGGCCCAAGAAUCUUCAUAACUUACAGGCGCAAAUACUAGAAAUCCUUCCACUUUCUCGUUUCACUGAGGUGUCAUUUCUAGGCUUUUAUGCUGAAAAUCUCAUUUCAUUGAAUGAACUACUCAGUUUGUAUGAAUUUAUAUCAAUUACACUGACAAGGGUGAUGUGCAGUCAAAGUGCCUCUGCUCAAUGUCCUUGUGUAUAUUUCCACUGAUGAUAGGGGUGCAGGGGCCCAUCUAGACCCCUUCCAAGGCCAAUAAUCGCCCCAAGUCUGCAACAAAUAUUAUAAAAAUUCCCAAAUUGGAAUUAGAAAGUUAAUGUAAAUAUAAUUUUAAUUUAAUUUGAGGUCUCUGUGGAGGCAGCCUGUACGUCACUGAUUAUGUUAUUUACGUUGAUCCUUCAACCUGACUGACCGAAUUUCAUGUUUUACUGAAGACCAAUAACAAGGAAGAGUACUUAGUGCUCUGUUUUAUAUUAUUGCAAUCUCCAUAUAUAAUGUUAAAAUACCUCUGUAGACUGAUUUGCGGCGACUGGGGCCCCCCCGGAAAAUGAUCAUAUCUCACAUACUUUAACGCAGCCUUACAACAGACAGUCGUAGCGCUAUACAGUCACUUUGUCGAGCAGGGGCCCUGAUCAGGUGUAGACUUGUGAUGGUUUGAUACAGUCCUGACACCACUAGGGAUGUAUCAGCAAUUCUGCACCAACUGCCCCUGACAGAAACAUUGGGAUUUUAAAUUUUGUUCUAAAUAGGGAUUUCUUUAAAGUUCUUACUUUCUUCAAUUAAUGGGUAUUUUAACUAUAUAUUUGGAGAUUGCAUUCAGUGCAAUAAUAUCAAACAAAGAACUAAAAACUCUUUUUCCUAAUUGAUCCUGUUUUCAAAACAUGAAAUUAAAUCAGUCAGACUGAAAAAUCCAAAUAUUUAAGGUAAAUGAGAGCCAGUGGUUUCUCCAGUGCAUUUCUCAGUACAUCUGUCUUUCCUUAGGAAUGUGUGUGAUUUUUAUUGCCACACAUAAUACAGUGUUUUAAAAAUGGAUGUUUUGGGAUGAAAAAAUGGUUAAAAAUAGGAUUUGACACCCACAUUCUUCUGAACUAUUCAUGGCCAAGAAUAGUUUUCCAAAUUCUAACUAAUGCCAUCUGAUCAAGGUGAAAUUCCCCAUUAUUAAUGCAACUGAAAAUGCACAAUGUGUAUCACAUGAUGAAGGCGUUUUGAUAAUCAGAUUUCGAGAUAUAUCAUGAAUGGGUUGUUUGUAACCAAGAACUGUUCACCAAGUAUAUAUGCUGAUAAAACCCCAAACUGCAGAGAACUUCUUCAGGUCGGCAAUCCUGUCUCCCUCCAUUACCAUUUGUAGGUACCUCACCUGUCUGAAUGUGGAGUCAGCUUAUGUUGUGGCCUGUUUGUGCAGCAUCCGUCAUGGUCUCGUUCAUUAUCUAGGACUGAGGAAGCUGAAUGAUGGCCUGAAUGCUUCUUCUCAUGAUGACAUCAUAUUUUGUUCAGCUGUGCAGUUGUCUGUCUGUUGUACAAUAAUGCAACUUAUCAUACCUCCAUGUCAGAAUGAUGAGAUCUGAUUGGUCCAUGUGACCUAGAUAAAAUACUUUGUACAUCACCUUGAAGGGUAAUAAAUUUCUCAGGGGUAGAAUAUAUCCCUUAUACCCCGCCACGAGCAAUACAGGCUGCACGUGGAUUUCUGACAGGCAGAAUAAAUCCCUUAUACCCCGCUUCAAAGUGAAAAGCCGCAUGUGGAAGUCACGUGACAGCACAAGUUUACCUCAGCUCAAUGGAACAGCUGUUUUCUAUUCCUUUCUGAUUCCUUUGCAGUGUCACAUUAAAACAUGUCGGUAAGAUAAAUUCGUUGUAGCAGGAUCACGAGGGGUACAUGGGGUUUUUUUUGUCCCUCAGCUUGUGGUAUACAACCUACGGGAUCCUGCUACAAUUUAUAAUAGUUUCUACUGGAGACUGGAGUUAGGCCAGGUUCACACAGUGCCAAUUAUGGCUCCCUUUUGAGAUCAGACAGCGCUACGACACGAACAGUGAACUAUCCUCAAUGAUCUGGAAUGUCCUAUCAUUGUCUAAACACAGUCGUAUAC